AUGGAACUUAUAGGAUGUAACAUUCUGAACAAUAAUCCUUCUCAAUUUGCAGCUACGAUUAGUAAUCCAGUCAGUAUUCGUUCAAAAGGCCGGAAACUAAGAAAUGAACGAAUAAAAGCAUUUAAUGACAAUAAGUAUAAAAAAUUGAAGGCAACUCAAGUUAGUCAUAGUGAGGCGUCAAGUAUCUAUAGAGAUGAAUUACUCGAUAUUAUAAAUAUACAUAUGUCCUGUCAUUGUGGAGUUUAUAGUCAAACAGGGCAUAAUUCUCGAAUAUGCAAUCUGGAUAACACUACUCAAGAUAGUUAUAAUGACAACGAGAAUAACGAUUUGUCAUUGUCGAAUUUAAAUUUUGAGGACCUGG